GCCAACCGCCAACUAUACCUUUUCUUGUCUCUCUCAUGCACCGCAUUAACAAAUCACACAGAGUAAUUCCCUUUUCCUUUGGCCUUUGAUUUUGGUUUCUCAGGCCUCUCUGCUUCCCAUAUAUGACGAAUUAAUGGAGUUUCAAGAUGCCAAGGAGACUCUUGAUUCACCAGGGAUUGUUUCUCCUUACUCCACUUAUGGAAAUGUUAACAGCGAGACUAAAGGUAUAACCAGUGAAAAUAUUGAAAAGAAGGCCGCAUGUGGUAAAGGCAGAAAAACUAGAGCUGGGUUCUCUGAUUCUCAGUCAUCCCAGGGCAUGGAGAAAGAGGACUUUGAUGAAUGCUCUGAGGGAGAAGAUCUUGAGGAAGCCAUUGAUGAAUGUUCCAAGGCCAGUACUUCUGAUACAGAAGAUCACCACCACCACCACCACCACCACCACCAUCACAACAAGCAUUGGUCUGGCUUCUUUGGUUUGUUGAAAACUGGAGUUAAAUUCCAAGCUUUUCCUUCUCGGAAACAUGCCCUCAAGCUCACCAAAAGCAAAACAAAAAAAAAUAUGGAGGCGUCCUCUCCUGUACUGAAUACUCCUUUGGAUGCUGAACUAUACAAUUUGAAAUCCUCCUGGAAGAACUUUUCACUCAAAGAACUCCAAGCUGCAACCAAAGACUUCAGCCCUGAAAAUUUAAUUGGGCAAGGAGGCUAUGCUGAAGUUUACAAGGGGGAAUUGUCAGAUGGGCAACAUGUUGCAAUAAAAAAAUUAACUAAAGGUUCCCCAGAAGAGAUGACAGUGGACUUUUUAUCGGAGCUUGGAGUCAUAGUCCAUGUUGACCAUCCCAAUAUUGCUAAAUUGAUCGGUUAUGGGGUUGAAGGAGGAAUGUACCUUGUUCUGCAGUUGUCUCCCCAUGGGAGCCUGGCUUCGUUACUUUACGGCUCAAAGGAAAAACUGGAUUGGGGCAUCAGAUAUAAGAUUGCUGUGGGGACUGCCAAUGGCCUUACAUAUCUUCAUGAAGGGUGCCAAAGGAGAAUCAUCCAUAAAGAUAUCAAGGCUGCCAAUAUAUUGCUCACAGAGGAUUUUGACGCUCAGAUUUCUGACUUUGGAUUGUCAAAGUGGCUACCAGAUCAGUGGACUCAUCACACUGUAUCCAAAGUUGAAGGCACAUUUGGUUAUCUUCCUCCUGAGUUUUUCAUGCACGGCAUAGUAGAUGAGAAAACUGAUGUUUAUGCCUAUGGAGUACUACUAUUAGAGCUCAUCACCGGAAAGCAAGCUAUAGACUGUACACAGAAAAGCCUCGUGAUGUGGGCCAAACCUUUGAUCCAAAAGAAUAACAUGAAAGAGCUGCUUGAUCCUGCACUGUGCGACGCCUAUGACUUGUAUCAAUUGCAACGGUUGGCCGCGACUGCUUUUAUGUGCGUGCAUCAGUGUCCAAGCAAUAGACCACAAAUGAGCCAGGUUGUGCAACAUUUACAGGGUACAGAAAACAUACUGGAACUAGUUGAAGAAGAAGAUCUGUGUUCGAAAAGCCUCGAGCUUCUUGAAGCCGAUGAAGACAGCCCAUCAACAUACGUAAAUGAUCUGAAUCAACAUAUGGAGAUCGUUCUGGGGCAGUCUACUGAUAGCUAAAUCCGCAUUCAUCUUCCAAAUUUACAGCCCUGGACUGUUGCAGGAUUCUUGGGAACAUGGGAAGCCAAACCAAAGCAGUUUGUAAAAUCACAUAAAUGUUCCAGUCAAGUGAAGGUGCUGUGCAGAAUCAAUUUACCUGUUUUAAAUUUAGUCUUUGAAUUCAGUAUAAGUAAAAUCUGGGAGAAGAAGAGCUGAGAUUGAUCAUAUAAUUAUGAUUUUGUGAACCAUUUUUAUCAAAAAAAUUUGUGCCUAGUAGCAUUAGUAGAUA